AUGGGGGUAACGCUGACCAAGGCAGCCCAGUGGACCAGCUCUGGUACUGGCAAACUGGAGUUGACGCCAAUGAAUGAGUCCCUGCUGAAAGAAGUGCUGCGCUCUGUGGAGCAGCUAUUCUCCAGACACCCACAGGAGUCCAAGCAUGUGUUCGAGGAGCCCCUCCAGUGGAGUACCACUUUAGUGGCAUCUGAUUUCAAAACAGACUAUGACAUCAGUGAAUUCAAUGUACAGUCCAAUGAGAAAGACAGUGAGGGGCAACCACUGCUCCGGCUGUCUCCUCCGACUGUUUAUGUGCGGAGCUUCAGCCAGCUCUCUAAACUACUUCAUCUGGCAGCUGAUAAGAAGCUGGAGGAAGCUCGAACGUGUCUAGAAGAAAACAGGGACGCCGUGGUUAAAAUUCUUGGUCCUCGCUUCGCUGACAUCUUGGAGAGAGAAGACACCCAAACCGAUCCGGUAGACGAAGACACAUCAGAGGACUCAGAGGUCAAGGUCAAGCUGUUUCGUUUGCUCCAAAAUAUGGACCAACAGCUCCUCAGCAAGCUGCUUGAAGAAAUAUCAGAACACGUCAGGCUCGACCCGGCCGCAGCAAACAGUGACGUGGAGUCGCUGAAACAAUUCUGCCGUGGAGGGGACGGGAGGCUGUUGAAGUCGGUUCGAUACACAUCAGAUUACGAAUUUUCCAAUGGCUGCCGCGCCCCCCCGUGGAGACAGGUGCAUGGUGAGAUUUGUUACCUCAUAAUUGAGCCGUGUGACACUGAGGACCUCCACAUCACCUGCAGCACUGGUGGAGUUUAUCUCAACGCGCCAAGCCCAGCACCGAUUGGCCGUGGUGAAUGUUAUGCUGCCUGUAACAUCAUCAUCAUGGUGGGUCGCACAGAUCUCCAUAUCAUAGCCUACACUACCCUGACUGCUGUUGGAAAAGUGGAGGAAAACAACCCUGGACGGGAGAAGUCUGGAAAGAAAAAGCAGGCAACAGGAGCCAAGGGCAAGUUGAAAGCAGAAUUCUCUUUGUCGUCCUUACCUGGACGCAUGACUCCCCAGAAAAGUAAAACCCUAGCAGGAGCCAUGGAGCUGUCCAGUGACAGUUCAACUGAGGAUGAGGAUGAAGAGGAGCUGUCAGAACGUCGUCUGCAGAUUCAGAUAGAACAGUCCCCUGACUACUGGCUUAUCUACAAGCUAGUCAAGUUCUUAAAGAGAGGCGACCAGACCGCCACCGUGCUCUGCCUGUGUGCCAUGUUGGACUUAAAUCUGAUGCAGGAGGGCUGCCAACUGGACAUCUGGGACAUAGGUGGCGUUGAAGUCCUCCUUAACUUGCUGGAUUCAGAUGAAGUCAAAUGCCAAACCAUUCUCGACAUGGACGGUCUGCAGAGCAUCGUGAAAAUUCUUGACAGGCCCUACAAGGAUCUCAAGGCCUUAGCUGCUGAGACAAUCGCCAACGUGGCCAGGUUCCGCAAGGCGAGGACAACCGUCAGGCGAUGUGGUGGAAUCGAGAAACUGGUAAAGCUGCUGGACUGUUUGCCGACUUUAGCCAACAUGAGUCCAAACCAGGAGAAGGAUGUGGAGGUGGCCCACUGCGGGGUUUUAGCGCUCUGGAGCUGCAGCAAGUGCAACAGGAAUAAGGAGGCCAUCCGCGUGGCCGGCGGCAUCCCGCUGCUGGGACGACUGCUCAGGUCGCCGGAUGUGAACAUGCUUAUCCCUGUGGUGGGCACCCUGCAGGAGUGUGCCUCAGAGGAAUGCUACAGGAUUGCCAUUAAGAAUGAGGACAUGAUCAAGGAUUUGGUCCAGAACCUAAGCAGUGACAACAAUGAGCUACAAAUGCAUUGUGCAAGUGCAAUCUUCAAGUGUGCAGAGGACAAGGAGACCAGUGACCUGGUGCGUAAGUACAAUGGUCUGGAGCCACUGGUCUUGCUGCUGGGCAAGGCCGAGGACAAGAAGCUCCUGGCCGCCGCCACUGGGGCCAUCUGGAAGUGUUCCAUCUGCAUGAAGAACGUGGCUAAGUUUCAGGAACACAAAGCCCUGGAGUCCCUGAUUAGCCUGCUGACUGAUCAGCCUAUAGAUGUGCUGAUUAACGUUGUUGGAGCGAUUGGGGAAUUUGCCAAGGUGGCUGCUAACAGGGGAAUCAUCCGCAAGUGUAAAGGCAUCAAUCCACUAAUCAAUCUGCUCACUGAGACAAACCAGGCGCUGCUCGUGAAUGUGACAAAGACAGUUGGUGCUUGUGCCAUAGACCGGGACAACAUGGCCGUCAUUAGCCAGCUUGACGGGGUCCGCUUCGUGUGGUCCUUACUGAAAAACUCCAGUACAGAGGUUCAGUCCAGCGCUGCAUGGGCCCUUUGUCCAUGCAUUGAGAAUGCCAAGUCAACAAACAUCGAAGUGCUGGCCAGCAUUUGCGCCGCCAUCUCCAAAAUAGCCAAAAACAAGGAGAAUCUGGCAGUCCUCACUGAUCACGACGUUGUCCCGCUGCUGGCCAAGUUGACUAACACAACUGACGAGAGACUCUGUCUGCACCUCGCCGAGGCCAUCGGCCACUGCUGUAUGUGGGAAGGCAACAAGGCAUCCUUCGGUGAAGCUGGUGUCGUGGCCCCCUUGGUAGAUUACCUCAAAUCCAACAACAGCGCAGUCCACUAUCACACAACCAUGGCCUUGUAUCAGCUGUCCAAAGACCCCAAUAACUGCAUCACCAUGAAUGAGAAGGGAGUGGUCAAGCCCCUCAUCCUCAUCAUGGGCUCGGACGACGAGAAGCUGCAGGAAGCAGCUGCUGGCUGUGUGCGCAACAUCCGACUUCAGGCUCUGGCAGGGAAGAUCCCACCACCCAAGAAAAUAUCGAUUGGGACUGCAAAACGUUGUGGGAAAGGGCUCUAA